GAGGGGAAAGCAGCGCAGAGAUCGCAGAGAGGAAGGAGACGCCUGCGGCUGCAGAGCUGCAGAGCGGGGUCUCUCCGGCUUCUGUGUCCGGGCACCGGGCGCACCACUGGGCCAGAGGGCAGCGCAUCCUUUCGGUGCGGGCCGGCAGGGCCCUUGCGGUCGGCAAGCUGGCUCCCCGGGUGGCCACCGGGACCCCCGAGCCCAAUGGCGGGGGCGGCAGCAAGAUCGACAGCACUGUAGAGAUCACCCCCAGCCCCAACGGACAGGUCGGGACCCUCGGAGAUGCGGUGCCCACGGAGCAGCUGCAGGGUGAGAGAGAGCGUGAACGCGAGCGGGAGGGGGAGGGCGACGCGGGCGGCGACGGGAUGGGCAGCAGCCUGUCGCUGGCCGUGCCCCCUGGCCCCCUCAGCUUCGAGGCGCUGCUCGCCCAGGUGGGGGCGCUGGGCGGCGGCCAGCAGCUGCAGCUCGGCCUCUGCUGCCUGCCCGUGCUCUUCGUGGCGCUGGGCAUGGCCUCGGACCCCAUCUUCACGCUGGCGCCCCCGCUGCAUUGCCACUAUGGGGCCUUUGCCCCCAACGGCUCUGGCUGGGAGCAGCCCCCCAACGCCAGCGGCGUCAGCGUCUCCAGCGCAGCCCUAGCAGCCAGCGCCGCCAGCCGUGUCGCCACCAGUACGGACCCCUCGUGCAGUGGCUUCGCCCCACCAGACUUCAACCACUGCCUCAAGGACUGGGACUAUAACGGCCUCCCUGUGCUCACCACCAAUGCCAUCGGCCAGUGGGAUCUGGUGUGUGACCUGGGCUGGCAGGUGAUCCUGGAGCAGAUCCUCUUCAUCUUGGGCUUUGCUGCUGGCUACCUGUUCCUGGGCUACCCAGCAGACAGGUUUGGCCGUCGUGGGAUUGUGCUGCUGACCUUGGGGCUGGUGGGCCCCUGUGGAGUGGGAGGGGCUGCUGCAGGCUCCUCUACAGGUGUCAUGGCCCUCCGAUUCCUCCUGGGCUUUUUGCUUGCUGGUGUUGACCUCGGUGUCUACCUGAUGCGCCUGGAGCUGUGCGACCCAACCCAGAGGCUUCGGGUGGCCCUGGCAGGGGAGUUGGUGGGGGUAGGGGGGCACUUCCUGUUCCUGGGCCUGGCCCUUGUCUCUAAGGACUGGCGAUUUCUGCAACGAAUGAUCACCGCUCCCUGCAUCCUCUUCCUGUUUUAUGGCUGGCCUGGUCUGUUUCUGGAGUCUGCGCGGUGGCUGAUAGUGAAGCGACAGAUUGAGGAGGCCCAAUCUGUGCUAAGGAUCUUGGCUGAGCGGAACCGGCCUCAUGGGCAGAUGCUGGGCGAGGAGGCCCAGGAGGCCUUGCAGGACCUGGAGAACACCUGCCCUCUCCCCACAACAUCCUCCUUUUCCUUCGCUUCCCUCCUCAACUACCGCAACAUCUGGAAAAACCUGCUUAUCCUGGGCUUCACCAACUUUAUUGCCCAUGCCAUUCGCCACUGCUACCAGCCUGUGGGAGGAGGAGGAAGCCCGUCCGACUUCUACCUGUGCUCCCUGCUGGCCAGCGGCACAGCGGCUCUGGCCUGCGUCUUCCUGGGGGUCACCGUGGACCGAUUUGGCCGCCGGGGCAUCCUGCUUCUCUCAAUGACCCUCACUGGCAUCGCGUCCCUGGUCCUGCUGGGCCUGUGGGAUUAUCUGAAUGAGGCCGCCAUCACCACCUUCUCCGUCCUUGGUCUCUUCUCCUCCCAAGCGGCUGGCAUCCUCAGCACCCUCCUUGCUGCUGAAGUCAUCCCUACCACCGUCCGGGGCCGAGGCCUGGGCCUGAUCAUGGCUCUAGGGGCACUUGGUGGGCUGAGUGGCCCAGCCCAGCGCCUCCACAUGGGCCACGGAGCCUUCCUGCAGCAUGUGGUGCUGGCGGCCUGUGCCCUCCUCUGCAUCCUCAGCAUCAUGCUUCUGCCGGAGACCAAGCGCAAGCUCCUGCCCGAGGUGCUCCGGGAUGGGGAGCUGUGCCGCCGGCCCUCCCUGCUGCGGCAGCCACCCCCUAACCGCUGUGACCAUGUCCCGCUGCUUGCCACCCCCAACCCCGCCCUCUGAGUGGCCCCUGAGCACCCUGGCAGGAGGCUAGCCCAUACAGGAAGGUGGCACAAGGCCCUAGCAAGGAGAGCGGGAGGACUGAGUGAGGAAGGCAGGGCUGUCCGGAAGGCUCGGGCACCUCAGGCCAGCCAGCAAGGAGCUCAGAGGGCCGCCCUCACACCCAUUUCCUCCCUGCUGCUUUGUGUUCACUUCCUUGGCAAGAGUCAGGGGACAGGGAGAGAAUGCCACACUGUACCCACCAGGUCUGGGCUCCAUCUUGUGCCCAAAGACAUCCUCCCAGACCUCACUCUCUCUCCCUUUAUCAUCCUGUUUCAAUAAAGACAUUUGGAAUAAAUGAGCAUACCACA